AUCUGUAGUUUGUGUUAGCAAUUACACUGUAAUGUUUAGUCCUUACAUGUCAUGAUGUGGGAUGCACUUGUGCAAAGUAUGAGUGCACUAUCUGUUUUCACUUUUCAGUUUUGCCAAUCAUCCGUUUGUUUGGACUUUAAGGCAGCGCACGCUAAGCAGCUGUUGCGCGAAUACAUGGAAACAAAUCACGUGAUCGGUGUUUCACGUAUGGCGACGCAACAGCAGCUCUCUUUCAAGGCAGUGAAGAAAGGUGAUUCAAACAGGAAACAUUCUAAGACAGCGGUUAUACCAGUUCAAACCAGAAGCUACAAGGGAUCGACACCAGAGCUAGAUGACAAAGAAAUACAACAUAAACUUAAUAUCUUGAAGGAAUUUGACCACACAGUGGAGUUUGGUCCAUCCAUAGGGAUAACUCGGUUAGAACGUUGGGAAAGAGCAGAAGCAUUUAAUCUUAAUCCUCCAGCUGAAGUUCGAGAUAUCAUUUUGAUGCAUGGAGAUGAUCGAAAAUUUGCAGAAUGCUUGUGGGAUGCGUAUAACAUUUAACUAAGGCAGCAAAUAUGGAAGAUGUGAUCUGUUUUCUCUACAGCAAUUUGACAUAGUAGAGAUAGCUCACACUGGAUGUUACUUUCAUUGAUCAUUUUCAAGAGUUCAACCUUUUAUAUACAACUUUUAAGUACCGCUGCUUGUUGACAUUUUCAAAGAUAAACGGAUUAAUUAGUCACCCACUGUAAUUUAUGAGUGCUUAGAGUUGUCAAUUGUAAGUGUUUACACUUUAGGUAAUAAAUGUAGAUAGUAGAGGACUACUGUAUCA